CCAAAAAUGGUGUACGAGUUUUCUGGUGUUUGGAUAAUGGCGUUCAGCAAUAAUAACAACAAGAAUACUUAUGUCGAGCGAUAUUUUUUUACACUACGGAAAAAAUGGAUAUAUUUUCUAUAAGUUUUAAUUGUAUAUGUGAUUUAUAAAUAGUUAAAUCAUCUAUUGUGUAAUCUCUGUCGUUGAUAUAUGCUUAAUAGUUUCCAUGUCCCGUACAAAAUUUUUUAAAGUGACUAUGCGAACUGUGAAUCUACAUUGUCCUUUAUUAUUAAAAUAAAGAAUUAGAAGUAGUAAUAAGUCAUUUGGAUUCGUGUAUUGAUUCAUUAACUAAUUACUUUCAAUUCUUGUUGGAGUGGGCAAAAACUGCUCAUGCACUCGGAUUUGUAUUUAAUGUAUAAAUAAAAUAAAAUAUAUUUAUUAGAGGAAAAUGCAUUCAAAAUCUAACACACCCAGGAUUAUGGUGUUCAGACCUACAUGGGAAGAAUUUCAAGAUUUCAGUGGUUAUAUUUCUUAUAUGGAAUCUCAAGGAGCUCAUAAAGCAGGUGUAGCUAAGGUUAUUCCUCCUCCAGAAUGGAUUCCAAGGAAAAAAGAUUAUGAAGCUGAAGAUAUUAUGAACAUAAUGAUUCCUGCUCCUAUCAGUCAAGUAGUUCAAGGUAAACAAGGACUUUAUACACAAAUAAACAUACAAAAAAAGCCCAUGACAGUUGCAAGCUAUAGAGCAAUGGCAGAGUCUUCAAGAUACACUACUCCAAAUCAUUUUGACUAUGAAGAUCUUGAAAGGAAAUAUUGGAAAAAUGUUAGCUAUGUUUCUCCGCUUUAUGGAGCAGAUGUUUCAGGAUCUAUCACUGAUGAUAAUGUUAAUGUAUGGAAUAUCAGUAGAUUAGGAACAAUAUUAGAUUAUGUAAAUGAAGAUUAUGGUAUCAGUAUUGAAGGUGUUAACACAGCAUAUCUUUAUUUUGGUAUGUGGAAAACAUCAUUUGCAUGGCACACUGAAGACAUGGAUUUAUAUAGUAUUAAUUACUUACAUUAUGGAUAUCCUAAAACAUGGUAUGCCAUACCACCAGAACAUGGACGUCGUUUAGAAAGAUUGGCUUCAGGUUUUUUCCAGUCAGAUUCAGAUAUAUGUCCUGCUUUUCUUCGACAUAAAAUGACUAUUAUAUCUCCUCAUGUAUUAAAGCAAUACUCAAUACCAUACAAUAAAAUAACUCAAGAACGUGGUGAAUUUAUGAUAACAUUUCCUUAUGGUUAUCAUGCUGGCUUUAAUCAUGGCUUCAACAUGGCUGAAUCUACUAAUUUUGCAUCUCCUCGGUGGGUUGAAUAUGGUAAACGAGCCUUACAAUGUCAUUGCCAACCAGAUAAUGUUAAAAUUAGUAUGGAUACAUUUGUUAAACGUAUUCAACCUGAUAAAUAUGAGUUAUGGAUCCAAGGUAAUGAUAUUGGUCCUCAUCCAGAAGAUCCAUCUCGUGUUUUUGCUGCACCUUUACCUAGUGAACAUGAUAUAUUAUGCAAUAAAAAUAAUCUAGGAAUUCCAAAAUUAUAUGUUAAUGCUGGUAGAAAAAGACACCCAAUCACACAAAAGCUCACAGAUUCCGAAAUGUCAGAUGAACAAACCUUAACAAAUGAAGAAAUUUAUGUACCUCCUGAUGUAAGAGAAGUUAUACAAAAAAUUGAUGAAAAAGAGUAUGAUGAAGAAAUACCAGAUGAACAACAAUUAGAAGUGUUAGAAGAUGUCUGGUUUAAAGCUGGUGAAAUUGAUUCCAGCCAACUUUCAUAUAAUAACAAAAGAAAAAAUAGUAUUAAGAAAAAAAGUAAAAAUAAAGAAGGUUUAGAUUCAUCUUAUGAAUCUAAUGAUUCAAAUUAUGAUUUUAAAUUAUCAUCUAAAAGAAAAAAAUCUAAAAAGAAACGAUCUAGAAAGAACAGUAAUCCUAAAUCAAAAAAAGAGAAAAAAAAUCAACCGUCUAAAAGUUUAAUUAGAAAUGAAAUAAAAUAUGAAGAGAGUCAGAUUACCAUCAAGACUGAAAAUGAUGUCUCCUUGAAUAAAAACUUGUGUUCAUCAAUUACACCUGCUCUUUCACCUAUAAUUCCAAGCAGUAUUAAUUGUGUAGGGCUCAAGUUUGAAAAUGAAUCAUUAAUAGACCCAACUAUUAAUGAUCAUUAUCAAAACUCUAGUUCUAUAGUUCAAGAUAACUAUCUUAAAAAUAACAGAGUUGUUAGUAAUGUAGAUUAUAAUAAAAUUGAGUCUAAACCUUUAUCACCUAUCAAGAUUGAAAAUAUAUCGCAAAACAAUUCAACUAGACAAUUUGGUGGACACAAUAUCACAAGUCAUUCAACUCUUACUCAUAGUUCCAAUAUUACUGCAAACAACUUCGUUAAUCAUCAAACAGUAGAAAAUUCAGAAACUUUAGAACCUAUCUUAUAUAAACAAGAUUCUAAGGUUGAGGUUAUUGAAGACACCCACUCUUACAGUUCCAAAUCUUUUUAUCAAAAUUUAUCUAAUCCUGAUGUGCCUCAAAAUAUAAGAGAUCUAGUAGAAAAUAACUCUAGUCUUGAAAUCGAACAACGUUAUAAUAUUUAUAGAAGUAUUAAUGAACCUCAUUGUUCUUUAUGUACAAUGUUUAGCCGUAAUAAGCCAAUUUUCAAUUUUGACUGGCAAACUAAAGCUAUGUCUCAUAUUCAACCAAAUCUCAUUUGUGUGCCUAAACCUAGUAAAGUUUUGUUCAAAUGUUAUCUUCAAGGACGUGAUAAAAUACCAAAAUCGCCAUUAAUCAGGUGUAGAAAAUGUUUUUUAACCGUUCAUUCUGUAUGUUAUGGAGGAAUUACAGAAAAAAAUGAGUGGAAUACAUGGCUUUGUGAUCGCUGUCAAGCAUCAUCACAAAAUAUGGUUUGUAAAUAUUGUCCAAUAAAAGUUGGUACUUUAAAACAAAUAUCACCAAAUGAAUGGGCACAUGUAGAGUGUAAUCUACAUAUCACUGGUUGCCAUCCUUUCAGUAUAAAUCCAUUUUCAACAGUUUUUUCCACUGAUAAAGGAUGCAUAGUGUGCAAUUUAUCAGAAGGCAAUUGUUUCCGAUGUAGCGAGCCAAAUUGUGAGGCUUGGUUUCAUAUUUCAUGUGGAAUUUUUGCUGGGUUUGAUUACAUGGUUAAUCGACAGAGUACCAAAAAAAUCUUAAUUAAUUGUUAUAAUCAUUGUUAUAUACGUGAAAAGUCACGUAAUAUUUGUAAAAAUCAAAUUGUAUGGGCUAAAAAUAAAUUUGAAAGAUAUGCAGAAUGUCAAGUCAUUAAUAUUGUUCAGGAACCUCUAAGUAUUAUAUUAUUUGAAGAUGGAUCAGUUUCAGACAAAAUAGCACUAAAUGAAAUAAAAAGUUCAAGCAAUCCUCCUUUAUUAAAUGAAAAAAUAGAAUUAGAUAAUGGAAGUAAAGGUUGUUUCUUAGGACUUGACUAUAAAAUAUUAUAUUCAGUAAUGUUUAAAGAUGGUACAUCAAGACGAUUAUCAAUUGAUGACAUAUAUAGUGACGAAGAGAAUUUUUUACAUCGGUUAAAAAUUCAAGCAGAACGUGGGUUAAAUAAAUACUUUAAAAAACAAAAAAUAUCUGUUUCUUAUAAUUAGUUAAUUUUAAUUAUUUAAUAACUGAAAGAAAUAGCCAGAAUAUAUUUUAAACUUAAUGUAAUUUUCAAAAUUACAAGAUCAAGAUAAAUUAAACAUUUUUGUUAGUGUGUUGAAUUUUAAUUUUUUUACAAUAAUUUAUAUAAGACUUUAGUUUGUUGUUUAAAAUAACUAACAAUUUUUUAUUUUUCAAAUAAUUGUCAAUUUUUUUUUUUUGGCAUUUCUUGGCAAACUAAUAGUUUUAGCACAUUUAGUUUUAUAGUUUCGUAUAACUGCCAUAUUUUUAUUGCUAAGAUCAUCAAAUAUAAUUUAGCCGUAGUAAUAAAUAUUGUACAAAUUAUUUAUAGCCUAUUUAUGUUUAAGAAAUAUUUAAAACAUUGUAUUCGCACUGAUCCUAUUCAAAGAUAAUUGUUGUAAAUUUUAGUAUGUAAUUCUAGCAUUGUUCCUGUUGGAUUUUCGUCUCCAUGGUAUAUGUUACAUCAUAACCAUUUUUGUAUUAUAUAUAAUAUAUAUAUUUAUAAAAAGUUUUGUAUGUUAGAAAAAAUCAUGAAAUUUUAUGGAAGUGUUAAAAAUUAAUUUCUUACAUUUAUUUUAUUUGCUGACAAGUUCACUUAUUUUCAAAUUAUUUGUGGAUAAAUUAUUUAUAUUGAAGUAAUGAAGAUUAAUCAUUAAAUUAAUAGUAUUAUAAUAUAAUAUUACAACUUUUUUUUGUAAUGCAUGUGAUCUCAAAAUUUUUAACUUUUUAGAA